UUUCAACCGGAAAAGUUUCGUUAUGGUGCAUUAGGACAGUUGAACAAACCCUUCUGGCAAUCGCCUUCAAUCAGUUGCCCUCAAUGGCGCGUCUGCUGCAAGUACUGCGUCGGAUCUUGGGACCGACUCCUGCAGCUGCGCCCAAGACCCCAAGCCCGAGUCCCUCUUUACCAUCUCAAUCCAUCGCCCGUCGUUUCCCGUCCAUUGAUACCAAUUUUACCUAUCUCCGGGAGGGAGAUAGGGCCGUCGUCGAUGGAAAGACGCCUCUUUUGACCAAACCACUGCGCAAGGGUGGCCGGACAGAUGUUCGUCGGGGGAGGUUGGAGCAUAACGAUAUUAUCGGCCGGAGAGUGCGAGAUCUGAUCCCGUCACACAAGGGCCCGGAAUACAGGCUCUAUCUGCCCACGCUCGAAGAAUAUGUCGCAAUGACGCCUCGCCUGGUGACACCGAUCUACUCCGCAGACGCCAACCUAAUCGUCUCCCUCCUCGACAUCCACGUGGCGCCUUCUUCCGAUCCCGAACAGGCUCCUCUUGAAAUCCUCGAAUCCGGCACCGGCCAUGGGUCCUUGACCCUCCAUCUCGCUCGUGCCAUCCAGGGCGCCAAUUCCAUUCCACCCCCGUUUCCAACAACCUCUCAAGUCGAAGACCUCGUUCCCUCUCGCACCUCCUCACAGCCACCGGCUUCACCAGCAUCGAUAACAACAGGAGCAACCCCAGAACCCGCCGCCUCCACCUCCGACUCGACCACCACCACCACCACCUCAGAAACAGACCCCACCGAAACCCUCGCCACCCAAAUGGCCUGGGACAACUGGCGCUCUCAGCGCAAAGCCGUCAUCCACACCGUCGACAUCACCCACAAAACCGCGCGCCACGCCGAGUCCCUCGUCCGGGGCUUCCGCCGCGGCAUCUACGCCGGCAACGUCGACUUCUACUCCGGCCCCGUCGAGACCUGGGUCGAGGCGCAGAAACAAGAACGCAGCCGUUCCGCCGCCUCCGCCGAUAACCAAACAACAACAACAACAGCCGCUUCAGAGACGGAGGUAGACCCGUUCCUCUCGUACGCGAUCCUCGAUAUGCCCUCCGCGCACCUGCGCAUCCCGCACGUCACCUCGAUCCUGAAACGCGACGGCCUGCUCGCGGUCUUCACGCCCAGCGUCACCCAGAUCGGCGACUGUCUGGAGUUGAUCCGCCGGGAGCGGUUGCCGCUGAUCCAGGAGAAGGUGGUAGAGCUGGGCAAUGGGAUCAGUAGCGGGCGGCUGUGGGAUGUUCGGCAUGCGACGAGGAAAGCCAAGGACACGCUCUCGGAGGCUGGGGCCGGCGCGUCUUCCGUGUCGGAGGAGGGUGUAGAGGGAGAGCAAGAGGGGGCGGUUGGUGAGGAGGCUGCGGAGGGGACAGCUGCUACGACCUCGGCUUCCAGCUCAGCGGAACAGGAUGCGGAUCGUGUGCUAGUCUGUCGACCCAAGGUUGGCACCAGGAUCGUAGGAGGCGGAUUUAUCGGUAUCUGGAGGAGGAUUGAGGAUCGGAAGGUGAAAGAGAAGGCGACUACCGACGCGUAGACUAUGCGACACAACCUUGUAUAGCCUGUUUCCCCGAAAAAAAUAUACCCU